AUGAGUUGCGACGUCGCCCUUAAGAAUACCGACUACUGGGCCGAGUUAAGCCGUUUCUCUGACAACCGCUUCCAAACCCGCUUCGAUCUUGUCCGGGCCGUGGCCGCCCUCCUCAGGCCUCUCAGGCAGUACCGAUCUCCCGGCAAAGCACGCAUCCGAUUUGCAGCCGGCACGGGCGCCGGUUUCAGCGAGACCGCCGCACAGCUAGAGGGCUUUGCCCGCCCUCUAUGGGUAGUCUCAAGCUUAUUGCUGGAAUCUGAGUCCCGCACGAGCACGGAGUCCAAUGCAGACGCUGAAGUUCACGGAUUAGAACUCCAAGCGUGGCUGGAGGGGCUCGUGAAUGGUACCAACCCCGCGUCGCCCGAGUACUGGUGCGAUGUCGGCGAUUUUGACCAGCGCAUGGUCGAGAUGGAGUCUAUUUCCUUUGCAUUGCUGAUAGCGCCGGAAAAAUUUGCGCCGCGACAGCCCCUGGCGAGGGACAGGCCGGCCGGGUGGCUGCGACAGGUCAACGGCCGGGACAUGCCCGAGAACAACUGGCGCUGGUUUCGUGUGUUUGUAAAUCUCGCGCUGGUGAAGGCAUUCGGCGUGCCGAUGGAAGAGGUGCGCGAGCCGAUCGAGCGGGAUUUGGCGCUUUUGGACUCGUUCUACCUUGGCAAGGGUUGGUCCAGCGAUGGGCCGUGGGGAGACGAGCGGAAGCAGGCUGACUACUACUCUGGGAGUUUUGCUCUGCAAUUUGCCCAGAUGCUGUAUGUUCGGCUGUCGGAUGGGUUCGAUGACAAAAGGGCAGAACGGUACAAGGCACAAGCCAGCCAGUUUGCCAGCGGCUUUUGGAGAUAUUUUGACACUAAUGGUGCCGCAAUCCCCUUCGGACGCAGCCUCACAUAUCGUUACGCCUUUGCUGCCUUCUGGGCAGCUGUCGCCUUCGCCGACGUACCACUCCCACCACCGCUCAGUCACCCCGGCGUAAUCAAGGGCCUGCUACUACGACACCUCCGCUGGUGGUCCAAGCAUCCCGACAUCUUCAACCCAGACGGCACGCACAACAUCGGCUACACAUACCCCAACAUGUACAUGUCUGAAAACUACAACUCCCCCCAGUCCGUCUACUGGUGUCUAAAAAGCCUCAUCGUACUCCAUCUACCAAACCACCACCCCUUCUGGACCGCGCCAGAACUCCCCCACCCCCUAGCCGCCAACCUUUCCCUGCGCAGCAGCACACUUUCCACCGUGGCACCCUUACAUCCGCCGCACCACAUCCUCUGCAACCCACCAGAGCGUCAUUUCCUGCUGUCCGCUGGGCAGUGCACCAAACGCGACCACAAAGCCCGCGAAGCCAAGUACGGCAAGUUCACCUACUCCUGCGCCUUUGCUUUCAGCGUACCGACUGGCCCACUUCUCGAGCAGCUCGCCCCCGACAGCACGAUGUGCCUGAGCCGUGAUGGCGGGGAGUCGUGGAAGGUUGCUUGGGAACCGUACGACGUCCCAAGUGGAGACCGUGGUGGGACGUCGAGCUAG